GUGGUGAAUUAAAAUGUUCUGGUGUAGCCUAACCAUGGCCAACAUGGUGUUAGAACUGAUGGUACUAUAUGGGGAGGACAUGACGUCCAAUGGAGGAGCAGCCUUGGUUUGGGUUUUGUCUUUCUUCUCCCUUCAUUCAGGAGGUCUAUGCAUCGGCCAAUCCAUCAAAAUCCCCAGAGAGCCGAAACCAGGUGGGUUUGAUAAGAUCAUCAAGAGACUAAUGGAGACCUCUAAUGCUCGUGGGGUCAUCAUCUUUGCCAAUGAGGACGACAUCAGACGUGUCUUGGAGGCAGCAAAGAGGGCCAACCUGACAGGUCACUUCCUGUUUGUGGGCUCUGACAGCUGGGGGGCCAAGAGCUCUCCCAUCCUGGACCAGGAGGAUGUGGCUGAGGGGGCUGUCACUAUCCUCCCCAAGAGGGCCUCCAUCGAUGGGUUCGACAACUACUUCACCUCGAGAUCUCUGAAAAACAACAGAAGGAACAUCUGGUUUGCAGAAUACUGGGAGGACGACUUCAAAUGUAAACUCACUCGACCAGGUAUCAAGUACGACCUUGGUAGAAGAAAAUGUACAGGGGAAGAGAGAAUCGCACAGGAAUCUCAGUACGAGCAGGAAGGGAAAGUACAGUUUGUGAUAGAUGCGGUGUAUGCCAUGGCCCAUGCCUUACACAGCAUGCACCUGGACCUCUGUCCGGGCUCCAUGGGCAUCUGUGAGAAGAUGGACCCAGUGGAAGGGAGUGAGCUGCUCCAUUACAUUCGCUCAGUCAACUUUAAUGGCAGUGCAGGGACUGGGGUCAUGUUCAAUGAGAAUGGAGAUGCUCCUGGUCGCUAUGACAUCUUCCAGUUCCAACUUUCCAACACCACCAACCCUGGCUACCGGUGUAUUGGCCAGUGGACAAACAAUCUGCGACUCAAUGCUGAGGAGAUGCAGUGGUCGGGUGGGGACCGUGCAGUCCCUGACUCUGUGUGCAGUUUCCCCUGUGAGCUAGGAGAGAGGAAGAAGAUGGUGAAGGGUGUACCCUGUUGCUGGCACUGCGAACUGUGUGACGGAUAUCAAUACCAGCUGGAUGAGCUAAACUGUGACAUGUGUCCCUUCGAUAUGCGUCCCAUGCCAAACCGAACGGGCUGCCGGUCCACACCCAUCAUCAAACUGGAGUGGAGCUCCCCCUGGGCCAUCAUCCCUGUGUUCCUGGCUGUCCUGGGCAUCCUGGCCACCUCCGGAUGCAUCAUCACCUUCAUCCGCUUUAAUGACACCCCCAUCGUCCGAGCCUCCGGUCGGGAGCUCAGCUACGUUCUCCUGACAGGCAUCUUUCUCAUCUAUCUGAUCACCUUCCUCAUGAUCGCAGAGCCCAGCGCCCCAGUGUGUGCAUUCCGCAGGCUGCUGCUGGGCCUGGGCAUGUGUAUUACCUACUCAGCUAUGCUCACCAAGACCAACCGCAUAUACCGUAUCUUUGAGCAGGGCAAGAAAGCAGUCACGCCACCUCCGUUCAUCAGCCCUGCUUCUCAGCUGAUCAUCACCUUUAUACUCAUUGGAGUGCAGUUACUUGGCAUUUUCAUCUGGUUCGGAGUGGUGCCCCCACACACCAUCAUAGACUAUGAGGAGCAGCGGCCGCCCAACCCAGAGUUUGCACGUGGGGUCCUGAAAUGUGACAUGUCCGACCUGGCCCUGGUCCUCUGCUUGAGCUACAGUAUCGUGCUGAUGGUGACCUGCACUGUGUAUGCCAUCAAGAGCAGAGGGGUGCCAGAGACCUUCAACGAGGCCAAGCCCAUUGGCUUCACCAUGUACACCACCUGUAUCAUCUGGCUGGCCUUUGUGCCCAUCUUCUUUGGUACAGCACAGUCUACUGAGAAGAUGUUCAUCCAGACCACCACCCUGACGGUGUCCAUGAGCCUGAGUGCCACUGUGUCCCUGGGCAUGUUGUACAUCCCUAAGGUCUACGUCAUCAUCUUCCAACCGGAGCAGAACGUACAGAAACGCAAGCGCAGCUCCAAGGCUGUGGCUUCCACAGUGACCUCACAACUCUCCCAGAAAGACGACAAGCAGAACGGAGAGUCCAAAAGUAGUGCCAUAGUGCCUGACCGAUCACAAUAAUCCAGCAGGAAGCCAUAGAUGAAUACGACACCUGGCACCUAACAGAUGACAGUUUAUAAUGGUCUCUCUUGGCAAAGCACUCCCUGACAUGCAGAGAGGGGGCUCCCGAGUGGCGCAGCGGUCUAAGGCAUCACUACAGACCCUGGUUCGAUUCCAGGCUGUAUCACAACUGGCUGUGAUUGGGAGUCCCAUAGGGCGGCGCACAAUUGGCCCAGCGUCGUCCGGGUUAGGGUUUGGCCGGGGUAGGCCGUCAUUGUAAAUAAGAAUUUGUUCUUAACUGACUUUCCUAGUUAAAUAAAGGUUAAAUAAAACAAUUAAAUAAAUAAAAGGAGCUUUUGAUCAGUGGUGAAGGCUACAUUGUCUCAUGGGUGGAAUGGAAAUAAAGGAAAAUGGAGAUGCUACCUUUUCUGUAAUUUGAAAUACACACUCACUGACUCGCCACAGAUGCUGUGACCUGACUGUAAAUGGAACAGUCGACGCAUUGGAUCAUCCUGGAUCAUCCUGAUUCCUGAACAGAACACAAUGAACAUUGUGGACAGCUUUGCUAGAUUUCAGGACAAAGUCUCCUUUUACAUUAGGAUAUGUCUAAGCGACCAUGGAAAUUAAUUAGUUGUCUUUGAUUUCUCUCCUCAGGACAAUUAGUUGGAUCAAUAGUUAAUAAAAUGUUAAACCUUUUCCUGACUGGAGGACCUAAAGUAGGAUCCUUUGAGAACAAGCUUUGUUGUUUACUUGAUUUAUCAGCACUGCAUGCAUGGGUUGUGAGUUUGUGUGUACAUUAUACGAAUGAUUCCACAGUACAGUACACAGUAUGGGUGUCACAACUUUGACGCGUUGUUGUUUUUUUACUGAUUACACUGGAAGGAACUAGCUUUUCUAUGCACCACUUUAUCCUGGAAUAACUAGUGUAGGGUUCUUGAAUGACAUAGUGGUAAAGAGAAAUAACUGUAGGGAAUUUUGAUUACUGACAUCAAUACUGCCAGAUCUCAUGUAAGGUACCAUUUUAACAUUUUCUGUUAUGCUUUGGCUUAGUUUGCUGUUAAUUGCUUUAGCAGUAAUAACUUCUAUACGAUGCUACUUUUUAAAUUGGAAACCAGUGGUUCUGACCAGGAUAUUGUGUUCUGAGAAAAUUGUUGUUAGAAUCACAACAACGUAUGGUAGACACUAGACAGCAACGUAUGGCAUUUCCGUAGAUUGUUCCUAAUCUCUUUAUAGUGCUGCUGGUGUUACGAUUAUGAGAACAGUUAAUGGUAACACUUGAGUUCACUGAGAAUAUCACUGCUUUUAGCAUCAAUGAUCACUUGUGUUCUUCAAUAUUGUGCCAUUAAAUCACUGUUUUGUGUUCUCAAAAUGUAUGUAAUGUUACAAGUUUCCCUUGAAAUAAAAUCACUACUAUAUCAUUUAAA